GAAAAGUUGUUUAAGCAUAUGUGGUUGUGUUCUGUUUUUGGUAGAUUCUUUUUUUUCUUCUUUUGGUUGCUGAUCAAGUUUACUUGUCAAUCGGAUUGUCUGAUAUAUUUUACGAUCUGGGUAUGCUAAAAAGAUAGACUUUUUUGGGUCGUUUCUACGCAAGAUUGUUUAUGAUUGUGACCCCUGUUCUGAGUUUUGAAGGAUGGGUGUUGGAAUUGGCUUGCCUGGCUCAUUUUGAUCGUGUUGAUCUGGCUUCUUUAAGAUAUGAUGAAUUUACGUGAAUAGGAGUUUUUCUUUCCAUGUCAAAAUUCUUUUCUUUUGUGGUUUCUUUUGGAUGUGGAAUAUCCUUCCCACGGAGAAUUGGUAUUCUUCUCUUCAACGUUUUCUUCUUUUGGCGUGUUUUAAAUUCAUAGCUUUGACUCAUCAAAUUGAUAAUAUAUGCGAGUUACUGCUGGUCCUUUCAAUUUGGAUGCUCUGAAUCAGGCUGUUUUCACUUGGGUUGAGCGUAACUAUUCAAUGAUCGGUUCACAAAUUCCUUUGGUUUGAGACUUGAAGUUUGCUGAUCCAUACAUAUUUCAAGCAAUUUGCAUCUACUCAUCCGCCGAGUUUGGGCACUGCAAACUGCGGCAGUGCCCAUGGACGCCACAACGAGUGGAACCCCAACUAUUCAAUACCAUAACAUUCCUGACCAGCCAAUUACUGCUAUUGUUGCCUCAUCUGUACCAGCAUUUCAGCGACAGCAACGCCAUUGCUUUGGGGAUUCCAUCCCCGGAGAAUUCCCCUUGUCUGCCAAUCCCUCCAUUGUCCUCCAUGUCCUGACGGCGUGUAAUUUGGAUCCUCAAGAUCUUGCAAAACUAGAGGCAACAUGCUCCUUCUUUAGGCAGCCUGCAAACUUUCCCCCUGACUUUGACUUGUCAUUAUCGGAGCUUGCUGCUCUUGACAUGUGCCAAAAGAGGGCCAUAUUUAGGCCAAUGACUACAGAAGAACGCCAAGAGUUGAAGCGAAGAUGUGGGGGGUCAUGGAAGCUGGUCCUGCGGUUUUUGCUGGCUGGAGAAGCCUGUUGCAGGAGGGAGAAAUCGCAGGCAAUAGCAGGGCCCGGUCACAGUAUCGCUGUGACAUCAAUGGGGGCUGUUUACUCAUUCGGCUCCAACAGCUCAGGACAGCUUGGACAUGGCACCACUGAAGAGGAAUGGCGGCCUCAGCCAAUCAGAUCUCUGCAAGGCAUUCGAAUUAUCCAAGCGGCUGCUGGGGCUGGCAAGACAAUGCUGAUCAGCGAUGCUGGCCGGGUUUAUGCCUUUGGAAAGGAUUCCUUUGGUGAAGCCGAGUAUGGAGUUCAAGGAGCUAAAUUGGUUACGACUCCGCAGCUGGUUGAGUCCUUGAAAAACAUAUUUGUGGUGCAAGCUGCAAUUGGAAAUUUCUUUACGGCUGUCCUGUCACGAGAAGGCAGGAUUUAUACAUUUUCUUGGGGCAACGAUGUCAAACUUGGUCACCAGACGGACCCAAAUGAUGUGGAGCCCCAUCCUUUGUUGGGGGCACUGGAAAACAUACCAGUGGUGCAAAUUGCAGCUGGAUACUGCUACCUUCUUGCUCUGGCCUGUCAACCUAGUGGCAUGUCAGUAUAUUCUGUUGGGUGUGGCUUGGGUGGGAAGCUUGGACAUGGUGCAAGGACCGAUGAGAAGUACCCCCGACUAAUUGAACAGUUUCAGCUUUUGAAUCUUCAGCCAAUGGUGGUUGCAGCUGGUGCUUGGCAUGCUGCUGUGGUAGGGCGGGAUGGACGGGUCUGUACAUGGGGUUGGGGGCGUUAUGGGUGCUUGGGUCAUGGAAAUGAAGAGUGUGAAUCAGUUCCUAAGGUUGUGGAAGCCUUGAGCAAUGUGAAAGCAGUUCAUGUUGCUACAGGGGAUUACACAACCUUUGUGGUGUCUGAUGAUGGUGAUGUAUAUUCAUUUGGCUGUGGAGAAUCCUCCAGUCUUGGACAUAAUGCCGGUGCUGAUGGACAGGGAAAUAGGCAUGCAAAUGUGUUAAGCCCAGAGCUGGUAACAUCAUUGAAGCAAGUUAAUGAGCGUGUGGUACAGAUCAGCCUCACCAAUUCCAUAUACUGGAACGCCCACACUUUCGCCCUUACUGAAUCAGGAAAGCUAUACGCAUUUGGUGCUGGAGAUAAAGGGCAGCUGGGCAUAGAGCUUGUUGCCAACCAGACCGAAAGGGGGAGCCCAGAGCUUGUUGAUGUUGAUCUCAACUAGCUGUUAAAUAGCUUUUACCUGCCACUAUUUGCACCAUAUAUGCAUAUCCUCUAAUUUAUCAUCAUCACAGUAUCAGCAUUUGGUGUUUAGAUUUCCUCGUUUAUUUUGUACAUAGAAACAAAGAAAAAAAAAAAAAAAAAUUGUGAAGGUUCAAGCUAGGUACACAGGGAUUUGGUUGUUGAUAUCUGAAAAAUUGGCUUGCACUUAGGCUUCAAGUAGUUGAUAGUUGAUACAUUUGUCAAGGUUCAUUAUAACCUAUUAUAUCUCUAAUUCAAUUCAUAAGCCAUCUGCUUAAUUACCUAAAA